GAAGUGAGUGCAACAGCAGCGUGCUGCGUGACUGACCGAAACAUACACAUGUUGCUGGUCUGAAGAUUUAUCUGCCAAGCUACGAAAACACCCAAAGCACAGUUACAGCAACAUGGCACCUACAGAUUUCAAAAAUUUGGUCAGAAGAUUUUAUGUACUUCAAGCUGAGCGUGUGGAGGCAUACAAGCUAUUUGAGGAGGGUCAUGAGGCGUACUUAAGGACGGGGCCCCACUAUGACUUCGAGCACUACAAACAGCUGGUACAUGAGAUAACGAAAGCAUUCUGCGGCAUUUCCAAAGAGGUUCUGCAGAUUAAAGAGAAACUGCACCAAGACUUCGACCGGCCCGACCUCUCCGAACACAUUGACAAACUGCAAAUUAAAGAGAAGGAGAAACUAGAGCUGACAGCUAAGUUACAGUUGGCCAAGCAGAAUGCCCAGGAUCACCCACAAGAUGAGGAUUUCCAAGAGAAAGUCCGUGAGCUCAAACAGGAUAUCAUAAAGAAUACAGCCGCUUUAAGUGAGAUUCUGCAAGACUUCAAGUAUGACUCAGAGGAGCCGGAGUGAGAUUCAGUCAGUCUCAGGAGACAGAGAUGGAUUCAGAUCCUCUAUGAACUUUCCUUUCUAAUGAAGAGUCAUCUAAGGUAUCGAUCGCUGUCUCAGGCGUUGCAUAGACAGAGGGCAUUGCUGCUGCUGAUGCAGGCUUUGCAAUGCAUAUUUUUAUUAAAGAGAGUUUGGCAUCUUUUAUUUCAUUAUUUUUUAUACAUUCAGAAUAGCUUAUGACGUUUUGUUUGCUAAACCAACACAAUGUUAAUUUAAAGCAUAGAUCUGUUCAUUCUGAAUGUAAAUAACGUUCAUUAUUAUGUGCAUAAUAAUAAUAAUCAGCAAAAGCUAAUGUGUUACAAUAUAUAUGAGCAUUCCUUAAAUAUUUUGAAGACAUUUGUACAAACAAAACUAUUUAUACAUAAUGAUACAGUAUUUACAUGAUGUUUUUGAACACAGAGGACAAACAAAUUGCAUUUCAAAUACCCAUUUAAACUUGUGUGUUUAACAAUUAAAGGGACAGUACACUAAAAUGAAAAGUUUGUCAUUAUUCACUCACCCUCAUUUCAUUCCAAAUCUGUAUGAGUUUAUUUCAUAUGUGAAAACUCCAAAAAGGACACAGAAGGACCAUAAAGGGGUCCAUGUGACUAUAUUCAGCCUUCUGAAGCCAUAUGAUAGUUUUGUAUAAGGUGAAUUGGAUCAUUUAGUUAAAUGAAUUCAAGAUUUGUGAAUGAAUUAUUCAGAUAGGCGCAUUAACUGGAACUGCUGAUUCAUUCAAAAGAUCUGGUUCCAAAGAACGAUUAAUUCAGAACAUCACUAAUUCUCUCAUUAACUAGCUUUAGGACGGACGGAUAUCAUGGUUUUCAGUGAAUAACAACUCAAAUUUCAAUGUGUUUGCCACACAAAACUAUUAUAUGACUUCAGAAGACUGAAGGAAAAGUUUUUCCCUUGCGUUUUUAAAAAGUUUCACGUAUA